AAUGGCCAUGAAGGAAGACAGUGGUGAUGGUUGGUCCGCUUUCUCUGCUCCUACUCAUAGCGAAUGGACGCGCUUCACUGGCGCUACACAGCGAUCACUUCUGGAGACAUGCUUCUCACUAGUGCAGCCUUCCCCUCCUCCCUCAGAGGAAAGCUGCAUGUGUGUGGACCCAAAGUCCUGGUCUGUGUUGGUAGGCUCUGCCCUACAUCCCGCACUACCUCUGUUAACCUCUCAUGGUCCCAUUGAUGAACGUCGUCCACCACUGGACCUUCCCUCGGACUGCGAGGGAUUUGACUGGUCAUCCGAGUCCCGCUGCCAGAUACUACCCACCCUCUUCAAACCUGCUAAACCAGAGAGUCCAGUUGACAUAUCCUUCGAUCAUUACAGAGCUGCACUAGGUUUGUCUAGUCUGGAUGUGGAGGAACUGCGCACCAUGACAGAGGAGAUGAGAGCAAAAUUCACACGACUGUCUAGAACUCUAGUAGAGGGUUUGGAAGAACGAGAUUGUUGGGCUGGAGAACUAGACGUCAAGAAUCGAUUUGUGGGAGCUCUGCUUCGAGUACAGUCUCUACGAGUAAAGAAGGCUGUCAAAGAUGAGGGAAAGUAUCUGCACUCAGUGCUCCCCUACCAUUGCCCUGAGGGACUGCUCUGGUCUAACCAGCUCCUCACAACACUAACAGCCAUACUCGAUGCUAUUGUUGAAGACAGUCCUAAAGUUCCAAGUCUUGCCUCUGACUACAUACAGGAACACAUCCUCAAGACACCAAACAAAGAUUGGACUAACCACAAACACUGAUAAUAGUUCUACACUUUUUAUCUUUAAUAAUUUAUCUGUGCAGAUUAUAUUUAUUGCAAUUCUAAGAACAUGAAAGAUUGUCAAUGUUCAAAA